AAAUUAAAGUGGGGGGAGUGAAUAAAAAUCAGUGAUGGUGCUGCCAUUUUGCACAAAGAGAAUGUCUUCUUGUCUCUCUCACUCCUCACCAUCAUCUUAUCAUUACAAAACAAAGCCUGCUACUCAUUCUCUCUCUCUCUCUCUCUCUCUCUCUAAACACAGCCCAAUGACACAUAUCUGUCAAUCAGCUAAAUUAAAAUAAUAAUAAUAAUAAUAAAUAAAAAAUCAUUUCAUAUAAUUUCAUUCCCUCUAUAAAAAUGGCCUCAAGCAGUAUCUCUAAAUUUGUCACCCACACACACACACCCAAUAAUUUUCAUCUCUUAGUGUGUGUAAAAUGUGUGGGGAAAAGAUGAUCGGAGAAGACGCUCAGCUGCAGGCGGUGUGGUUCGCGGCGGGGACGGCGGCGUUAAUCGCGUGCAUAGAACGCGCGGUGGUGGUGUCACUCUUCGCGCAGUGGCGCGUGUGGGCUUUCCUAGCUCUGAAUCUCUUGCUCCUCGCCAUUCUUUUCACCUCCUCCAAACCCUACAAACCCUCCAAACCCUCGUCGAAUAAUCAAAUCGACGACGUAGCCGAAGAUUCAAAAGUACUCGAUACGAAGAAAGUAAUAAUCGAAGAGCAUUUUUGCAGCCAUCCGCUUGUUUCGGACGCCGGAGAAAUUAAAAAUCGGGUUGACGAGAUCGAAAAAGUCAACGGCGGAGAUGAUUCAGAUGACCAGCAGCUGUCGAAGGAGGAAUUGAAUCGGAGGGCGGAGGCUUUUAUAGCUAUGUUUAGGCAGCAUUUGGUUUCCGAUGCUAAGGGCAAGAGUUUCGAUCUACAGUUUCCAACAACCAACGGUGGAACACCGGGAAUAUCACGUCGACUGAAUACUAGUAUUAGUACAUGAUCAUCCAUCGUCGACUGAAUACUAGUAUUAAUACAACAAUGAAUGUAUUAGUACAUGAUCAUCCAUCGUCGUCGCGCCGCUCUUUUCUGGCAUCUCACUCCUACCCACCAUACUCAGGGCAGCUCCAACAAAAUCUUCUGCAACCCGCGGCCGCAGCGCUCGUCGCGCGAUUCUUACUUAAUGUGAUUGCUUCUCUAAUGGCAUCGUGGUAUAUUUUCCCAUAUAAAAAAAUAUUACCAUCAGUUGCCAUCCUUUUGAGCAAAUUGAGUUAUGAUUGUAUUGUCUUACAUAAUAUUAUAAAUUGUUUUAUUUCUCUGUUUUUCAAUCAUAAAAAUGGUUAUUUCUCUGUU